CGCUCCAGUCCCACACUGGAAAAAAGGCGGUCCCGACCUGCAUCCCUGUGAAAGCCUCCCUAGGCAGGUGCUGGAAGUCGCGAUUCAGCCAGGGGUGGGAAGGGAACUGUGAGAGCAGGAAGUAGCUCCAGGAGAGUUGGUUGGGCGAGGGAAGGGGUCGAGUUCAGGGCGCCCAGUAGUACUCAGCCCCUGCGCAGCCGGAACACAACGCGAAACUCUUGAAAAGCAUAUAGAGCCAAAAGUGAACCAGCCCUCUCUUGCACUCCUGGAACCAUGACCAAUAAUGGAACAGAUCUAGCCAUUGGCUACCUCUCCUCUUCUGUAGCGGUACUUUUGUUUGGCUCAAACUUUGUGCCACUUAAAAAAUAUGAUACUGGUGAUGGAAUGUUUCUUCAGUGGGUUCUUUGUGCUGCCAUUUGGUUGGUUGCUUUGGUGGUCAACCUGAUAUUACGAUGCCCUAAGUUUUGGCCUUUUGCAAUGCUUGGGGGCUGCAUCUGGGCAACAGGGAACGUUGCUGUGGUCCCAAUUAUCAAAACCAUUGGUUUAGGCCUUGGAAUCCUAAUCUGGGGAUCAUUUAAUGCUAUAACUGGCUGGGCAAGCUCAAGGUUUGGCUGGUUUGGAAUGGAUGCAGAAGAAGUACCAAAACCUCUGCUAAAUUAUAUUGGAGCUGGGCUCUCAAUAGUAAGCGCCUUCAUAUUCUUAUUCAUCAAAAGUGAAAUAUCAAAUGGCACAUAUUCCAUGGACACCACCCCACUAAUGACAGAGCAGGCGAUCAACACAACUCAAGAUCCCUGUCCUGAUUAUUCCUGGGUGGAUAAACUUCCUACAGUAUACCACCGCAUAGUGGGCUGCAGUCUUGCAGUGAUAUCUGGAAUACUCUAUGGGUCUACAUUUGUGCCAAUCAUUUAUAUUAAGGACCACAGCAAAAGAAAUGAUAGCAUAUAUGCAGGGGCAAGCCAGUAUGAUUUAGACUAUGUUUUUGCACACUUCAGUGGCAUCUUUCUUACGAGUACAGUCUACUUUCUGGCCUACUGUGUAGCCAUGAAAAAUAGUCCCAAACUAUAUCCUGAGGCAGUCUUGCCAGGGUUCCUGUCAGGAGUGCUUUGGGCCAUAGCUACCUGCUGCUGGUUCAUCGCUAAUCAUUCUCUAAGUGCUGUGGUCAGUUUUCCAAUAAUCACUUCUGGACCAGGAUUUAUAGCUGCAUUGUGGGGUGUUUUCAUUUUUAAGGAAAUACAGGGUCUACGAAACUACCUAUUAAUGAUACUUGCAUUUUGCAUCAUCUUGAGUGGAACUUUAUGCACAGCUUUUUCUAAAAUCUAAACAUCGCAAGACCAGCAGAUGGCAGCAGUGGUUAGGAGAACUCCCUUACUGGACAAGAGAGGGAUUAUGCUGAGAAGAGUUUCACUUUCAUACAACAAAUGGAUCUCAACCACUUCUGAUUUUUUCCCUCAUAAAUGUGAAAAUGGAGGAAAAUUAUGUUUCAGUCUACUAUAAAAAUGAAAAAUUCUUCUGAUGAACUGUUAAUGAGGGUAGGACUUUACAAGGUGCCUGAAAUUUGUACAUUCAUGUAGCAUUACAUCUAACAAUGCUGAUUUUUGUUUGUUUCGUUUCUUUUAACACAAAGUAUACCUGGUGUUGCAUAAUCUAGAAAACAGCAUGGAGUUCAUAUACAAAGAAGUUACCAUCCAAAUUUCUAACUUACUAAUGAAGAGAAACAGAAAUAAAGGCCUGUGGUGGAGGGGGAAGGAGAAGACUCACCAUAUGGAAUUAAAUUGCAAAGAUACUUGGAUAUUUUGCUAACAAAAGUAAAUGUCACAGUUGAUGAUUACAGGUUUAAAAGACCAUUGAAUUAUUUUUAACUGAAAAAAUAAUUCAAAACUUAUUUUUACUUCCAAUUAAUAUUGUUCAACUCUACAUCAUCGGCCCAUCUUAGCUUAAAAUACCUUGAUUAUCUCCAAAUAAAUCCAUCCUCAGAGAACAAAAGUUUUCCACCAUUGAGGAUAUGUACAAAAUGUAACACAUGCAUACAUAAGUCCACACACAGAUGCAUUUUUAACUGCACAUCUAUUCAUAUGUGCACAGUUAUGAAUUUGGGGAAAAUUCUAGAGUUGGUAAAGUAAGGUUCUAGCUUAUCAGGUCAAUUUAAAGGGACCAACACUCAUUUACAUUUUUUUUUCUAAAAUAUACUUAUCUGAAAUCAUUUUAAAUGGAGGCUUUCUGUUUUAUUCCUAUUUAAACUAGUGGUUUCCAAUAGACCACUGGAAAGAAAAUGACAUGGCAAUAGUUUUAUUUAUUUAGGAAAAUGGAAAUAGAAUUACUAAUACAAUGUUCAUUGACAUGGUUUUCAAACCCUUAACACAAUAGAACUAUUGUUCAAAUGUAAAUUUCACCUGCUCCCACCUGAUAACACAUAUUUUGUGUGUGUGUGUGCUAGAGAAACAGAACAACAUUCUGUAUGAGUGCAUAAACUCGGAAGACAACCUGCACCAGUUUAAAUUCCACCUCUGCUUCAUUUUAAUCAUUUGAUUUUGGACGAGUUCCCAAGCUCAUUGUUAUCAAAUUCCUUAUUUGCAAAGUGGGGUUAAUGGUAGUACCUGUCUCACAUGACUAGUAUACAGUUACAAUAUGUAAUGUUUGUGAGUGCCUGGUAUUUGGCAAGCACUGUAUAAUUGUUCCCUAUUAAAUGUUAUUUGAAGGGAAAAUGUCUACAAAUUGGAAAAUACCUUUUCAGAGCUACUAUCCUUAUUAACCUCCAUCCAAUUACCUUUGGUUCCUCCAUAUGAAAAAGGACACUGGAGUCCCUAUAUAAUUAUUGAACUGCUAAUACAAAUAAAUAUUUGAUUAUUAACUCCUUAAGCCCAUUUUAAUUUUAACCUGUCAUUAAAUUAUGCUGAUAACUUUUAAAUAAAUUAACAUGAUAAAAAAAUA